AGGCGCGUGAGUUGGAGAAGGGAGAAGGGAGAAGGGAGAAGGGAGAAGAGAGAAGAGAGAAGAGAGAAGAGAGAAGAGGUGGAGCCCAGCACCCAUGUGCUCUCCUCCUGUCUCCACCAGCUCCUGCCGCUCAAUCAUUAGACCCCUGUUCCCUCAGCCUCAGCCUCACUAUUCUUUCUCCCUGCAACUGCAACAAACAAUCAACACUUUCUCACACACCAUGUCCACCUCCGACGCCACCACUAACCAGCCCCUCGCCGUCAAGAAGCCCCCCUCCAAGGACCGCCACAGCAAGGUCGACGGCCGCGGACGCCGCAUACGCAUGCCCAUCAUAUGCGCCGCCCGCGUCUUCCAGCUCACGCGGGAGCUCGGCCACAAGUCCGACGGUCAAACCAUCGAGUGGCUCCUCCGCCAGGCCGAGCCCUCCAUCAUCGCCGCCACCGGCACCGGCACCACCCCCGCCACCUUCUCCUCCGUCUCCCUCUCAGUUCGCUCCUCCUCCACUGACCACAAGCCCCAGUUGCUCGCUCCCACGCCUUUUAUCCUCGGCAAGCGCAUACGCACCGACGAAGACUCUUCCAAAGACGAGGCCGUUUCCGUGGGCCCCUCUCUCGUGGGCCCUUCCACCCCUCCCGGACUGUGGGCCCUCCCGGCCCGCCCCGAUUUCGGACAAAUUUGGAGCUUCGCCGCCGCUGCUCCCGAAAUGGUGGUGCAGCCCGCCGCUGUGUCGGUGUCACAGCAGCAACAACAGCAGCAGCAGCAACAGGCUUCGCUCUUCGCUCAUCAUCACCGACAACAGCAACAGGCCAUAGGAGAAGCUUCGGCGGCGAGGGUUGGGAAUUACCUUCCCGGCCAUCUCAAUUUGCUCGCUUCAUUGUCCGGUGGGCCUGGGAAUUCUGGUCGGAGAGACGAUGAGCCUCGUUGAUUUCAAGGGUGGUGAUUCGAGUUGGAAGAAAGUGGUGGUGGUGGUGGUGUUGUUUUUUUUUCGUAUAUAUAAAAUAUAUAUUCUCGUGGCUGUUGCUUUGUUGUGUGUGGAAAGCAGGAGAUUCUUAGGGUUAGGUUUUUAAUUUCUUAGUGUUGAUUGGAGAAGUCCAUCAAUUAGGGUUUUAUUUGGUUUGGGAAAUUAACUAGCUUUUUAGAAGUUGGGAAAUUUGUUUUUGGGGCUUUGUUGGAGGAGAGAGGAAAAAAGAGGGGAAUGUGGUGAUGGUAAUUUAAUUUUAGAAAUUGCUGCAGAUUGAAGCUUGAACUGGAAGUGUGCCAGUGAAAUGGGAUAUGUAAUGUUGUUGUGCUGAAAGAGGGUCGUCCAAGUUAAAGACAAUAAGUGGAAUGAUGGAUUGCAUUGUUGCUUAUGUUUCACUGUAGUGGUGGGUUUUGAGUUUUGAUUGACUGGGUCUACGGGUUUGGUGGUGGUGGCGGUUGGAGUUGUGGUAAUUAGUGCUUGCAAGCUUGUUUCUGAGGUGAGGGAAUUGUGUUUCCCAAGUUCAACUGUCACUCCCAGAUUGUUGGAGUACCCUACUUUUCAACAUGGGUUGAGAAUUCAUUUCUCUUGGCUGCUAUUGGGGCAUCUUUUGAGGGAUUUAAGGUGUGGAUUUGGCGCAGCUGAAUGCUGAUGGUGAGUUAGCUCUCUGUCUCUCUCUUCUCCACUUUCACGCUCCUUGAUGGUCUUUGUUGUUUUCAGAGGUGACUGGUGUGUGAAAGAUAAGAAAAAGAAAGCUCUGGUUGUACUCCGUGUUUGACUUCUGUUUUGAGAUUUUUAUCUAAUUCUUAGCCAUUUCUUAGAUUGAUCAGCGUGAGAAUAAUGUUUUCUUGUAUGUAAGUGGAUUGUUUUGGGGUGCCAGUGAUGUGAAUAAAAACCCAUCUGUUUCUCUCUUUACCACUUC